AAGUGCAGCGACACUGAACCUGUGGAAACCGCGAUGAACAGCUGAUCCUCCCGCAGUGGAUGAAGCCUCCCGCCGCGGUCUCCGGCCGGUCAUGAUGUCCGCUCCUGUGCACGGCACUAUGUGAAUAGCUGUUGGACAGACAAAGCAAGGAAGUUAUUACAAGAAGAAAAGAGUGAAGAUAUUUCUACAUACAUAUGUGUUUUUGGGAUCUCAAAUUAAUAAUAACGUCUUAGAUUUGUGGGUUUUUUUUUUCUUCCCGGAUUGGAGAUACUGCGCGCUUCUCGGUGCGCCACCAGCUCUCCGUCAUGCUUUUGCCAAGCGCUGUUGUCUUCACUUUUUCUUGCUUUUUGGCCCCGUUGCUCCUCUGCUACCUGCCUCAAGUCUCUGCACAGAAGCCCGGAUCGCGGUGGCUGAUCGGAGAGAGAGACAACCACUGUGGGUCCGUCUGCCUGCGGACGCUCGGGAAGCCGGUGUGCGGCUCGGACGGGCGGACCUACGAGACAAACUGUGAGCUGCAGAGGGCCCGAUGCAGGGACAAAACGCUGACGAUGGCGCAUCGGGGACGGUGUCGAGUGAAGUUUACGCUGCCGGUGGCUCCAGCAACAACGGCCACAUCUGAUGGGAGAGAGCCAGAACCGAAAGACGGAGGUCAGUCAAAGUGCAACGUCGAGAGGAACCAGGCGCUGGAACAGGCGCGGAGACCUCAGGAGUCCACGUUCGUCCCAGAAUGCAACGAGGAUGGAACGUUCGCCCAGGUCCAGUGUCACACUUUGACAGGUUACUGCUGGUGCGUCACCGCCGACGGCAAGCCAGUGAGCGGCUCCUCUGUGCACAACAGGAAGCCUGUGUGUUCAGGAAACUUCAGUGAAAAUAUGGGAACUGAUGCUGGAAGGAGUGGAUUCUCAGUUAGGUCAGUAACCGACCGACCGCCUGGGCCCCCGAACGCGGGUAGAAAAGGAAUGUUCCAGAUGCUGCGAAACCGCAAACAGGUCUCCUUCCGUUUCUUUCUCACUCUCAACCCAGACGACGGCUCCAAGCCCACCCCCACCAUGGAGACCCACAUCCCUCCCGAGGGCGAAGAGAUAACUGCUCCGACACUAUGGAUAAAACAUCUGGGCUACAUGGAGAAUAAGCAGAACAGCUCCACUUCCAGAAGGCAAGAAAAGGUUCCCUCUUGUGACCAGGAGAGACAGAACGCCCUGAACGAGGCUCAGCAGAGUUCUCGGGAGUCCAUUAUCAUUCCGGACUGUGGGUUCGGAGGUCUUUACAAACCAGUCCAGUGCCAUCAGCAUACUGGUUACUGCUGGUGUGUUUUAGUGGACACGGGACGGCCCAUCCCCGGAACGUCAACCUUGUUCAAGACGCCGGAGUGUGACGAAGACGCACGGUCUUACGUGGCGGACCCGGAGGACCCGUUCCACGUCAGGCCCCUGCAAGGCUGCCCGGAGGGGAAGAAGGGGGAAUUCAUUACAAGCUUGUUAGACGCUCUCACAACCGACAUGGUGCAAGCCAUAAACUCACCGGCGCCCUCUAGUGACGGGAGGUUUGUUGAACCAGAUCCCAGUCACACUCUGGAGGAAAGAGUGGUGCAUUGGUACUUUGCACAGCUGGAUAACAAUGGUAGCAAUGAUAUCAACAAGAAGGAACUCAAACCUUUCAAGAGGUACCUGAAGAAGAAAGCUAAACCUAAGAAAUGUGCCCGCAAGUUCACCGACUACUGUGAUCUGAAUAAGGACAAGGCUAUUUCGCUGCAGGAGCUGAAAGGCUGCCUCGGUGUCAGCAAAGACGGAAGCUCGUUGACAAGCGGCAGUCAAGGAACAAGGCAAGGGACAAAACUGUUCAUCGGCCGUCUGGCGUGAGGAGAGAACGGACGAGAAGCUGAAGACGAGAGCAGAGGAGACGCGUCUGCACGCUUCCUGACGGGAACUUAAAGACGGAGCAGAGAAAUCAAGAAGUUUCUGAAUCGACAAAAAAGAAAAAAGAACGAGAGAGAGAGAGAAAAGAAAAGCAACACAGCGGCGCCAAAAUAAUUGCACUUUUUCCUCCCUAUGUCUGACAUAUUAACUGCUUUUUUUGUUUGUUGUUUUUUUUUUUAUCUUGAAGUGACUGAGAAUUCACUAAGUAAAAAAUGAGAAUAUAUUUGUAAAGAGUUGACAGGCUCACCACUGGAAGAGCGUGUAUGUGUAUGUAACCACUCCCCUCCCCUGCUGUACGUUCAGUCUGCUGUGUUGAUUUGUUCAGUCCAUAUGUUUCAAUCCCAGGCCUGUCCAAUAAAACGUUACACCACCCGACCCCCAUGUUCCCCCCACCACCGUCAGACAUGCUGCAGCAGCAGACAGCUCAGCGGCGAAGCAACAGACAACAAUCAAAAACAAAGUAAAUCAGUGUGAACCCACUGACUUACACCUGAUUGGUCAGCAUGAAACAAUGAACUCUAUGAAUUCCCUUGCGCCGGCUACAGAUCCGUUGGAGUUUUCCUCGUAAAAACACAACAAACCCCCCCCCAGAUGUUUGUGCCGUAAACAGGAAAAGAAAACAAAAACUAGCUGUAAGUACUUAGCUGUGCCAUCCAAAACCGAUGCGAGACCAUCUGCACUAAAUACUUCAUACUGUCUGUUAGCUAAAGAACAGCACAACAAAACAUAAUAAAAAAAAGGCAAUAAAAAGCAGUGAAGUAGUUCAGACGAUACCUGCGGUGGCGUAAUGCAUCUCUUCUUCAGGACCCAGCGGGUGAUUGGCUGACAGCACAGCCGUCAGUCGAGCUCCACUGCUAGCUCCGCUAACUCAAGUCUUGCCCCUGAUUCUACUUUUUCUUUUUUUUUUGUCUGGCGUUACACAUGAACAUCCUUUGAUUGUAUCUCAGGCUGUUUGUUUCGUGUUGCCCUGUUGGAAGAUGAGCCUACUGGCUAGAUGUAAAGUAGCUCCGUCAAUUUGACCAGCUUCCCAGAUCCCCACAGCAUGAUGCUGCCGCCACAGCAAGAUGCUGCAAACCUCUGAGGUCUUCAACUGGAUUCAUAAAUUGUGCG